AUGGAAGAUGCUACGAAAUCCCUUUUGGAGUAUGGUAUUCCUGAUACGACUACCGGACUCCUAUCUAGCAUUUUCAGGCCACCUGUGACGGCUCAGCACUUCGAGCUUAAGCCCCAAUUCAUUCAAUUUAUCUCCAAUGAUUCAUUCGCAGGCCUACCGCAUGAUUGUCCGGUAAGUCAUAUUGAUAGUUUUCUGGAGAAAUGUGACACAAUGAAAAUGAAUGGUGUAACAGAUGAUGCUAUUAGACUUUGUCUUUUCCCCUUCUCAUUGCGGGAUAGGGCAAAGGAGUGGUUGAGAGAUGAAGGCACUGGCUCGUUUGACACAUGGGACAAGCUAGUGAAGGCCUUCUUAGUGAAGUUUCUAGGACAGGAGAAGACUGCUAGGUUGAGGAACGAGCUAUCCACCUUCCGACAGUCAGAUGACGAGUCUCUCUAUGAGGCUUGGAGGAGAUUCAAGAGGCUACAGAGACAAUGCCCUCAUCAUGGCAUCCCAGAGUGGAUGUUAAUCCAAACAUUCUACAAUGGGUUGACUCAUGAAUUUCGCAUAUACAUAGAUGCUGCAUCCGGAGGUUCGGUCUUGACCAAGAAUCCAACGGAAGCCAGGGAACUAAUAGAAAAAAUGGCGGCCAACGAUAACUACCAUCUAGGAGGUCGUCAGAAUGUGAAAAAAGGAGGUAAACUUGAUGUAGAUGCUUUAACUAUGUUAACCAAUUUUGUGCAGGCACUAACAAGCAGGUUUGAUAAGCUCCAAGCUGGAACUUCUACUAGCCCACAGGAGGUUUGUCAGUUGUGUAAUGUGCACGGCCAUAUUGCACCCGAUUGUCCACCGAACUCGAGUGAGAUGUCAAUUGAACAGGCAAAUGCUUUCUACUCUUCAAAUUCCAAAAAGCCCUAUGAUCCCUACUCUAAUUCUUACAAUGAAGGUUGUAAACACCAUCCCAACUUCUCCUACAAGAACACCCAAGCACAACAAAAUCAACCACCACAAUCACCCAACAACUACAACCAACCAUCACCCGGUUUCCAACAAAGACCGCCUAUGAACCAACAACCAGUGCAACCACUCCCCCCAAAAAUCUAG